GUCUCUUUUGACCACCACCAGGAGGCAGGAGGCACUCUCUUCUCUCUUUCUUCCCUUCUUCCUCUCAUCUGCUCCCUUCUUUCCUCUCUUCAUUUUCAAUUAUUUCCAUUCCUUCCUUCAUAGAUCAUUUCUAUUUAUUGAAUUUUUCUCAUGGAUUGCAUCUCUGAGAAUAACUUACAAUCUCUCUGACUGCAAGGAAUAUAAAAGAUGGGCCUCUGUCUUUCGGCAACCAAAGUGAGUGGCUCCAACAGCAACAACAACGUCAACCAUCAUCGGAAAGAUAACACAAAAACAACAAAUAAUGAAGGAGGAAUACGUCAUGGAAAAGGAAGGAAUGAAACAGCACAAAAACAACAACCACCACCGGUUAAGAAUACUCAGCAGCUGAAGCAUAAGAAAGACAAGGCCAAUACCAAGAGACAAACUGGGGUGAUCCCGUGUGGGAAGCGUACGGAUUUCGGGUAUGCUAAAGAUUUUGAUAAAAAGUACUCCAUCGGAAAAUUAUUGGGACACGGACAGUUUGGAUACACGUAUGUUGCCACCGAUAAGACCACUGGAGAUCGUGUCGCCGUCAAGAAAAUAGAGAAGAAUAAGAUGGUUCUUCCUAUUUCUGUUGAGGAUGUUAAGAGAGAGGUCAAGAUUUUGCAGGCCCUCGCGGGCCAUGAGAAUGUAGUUCAGUUCCAUAAUGCAUUUGAGGAUGAUUCUUAUGUAUAUAUUGUAAUGGAGUUAUGUGAGGGCGGUGAAUUAUUGGAUAGGAUAUUGGCCAAGAAGGACAGCCGUUAUUCAGAGAAAGAUGCAGCAGUAAUUGUCCGUCAGAUGCUCAAAGUUGCAGCUGAGUGUCAUUUACAUGGUUUAGUACAUCGCGACAUGAAACCUGAGAAUUUUCUUUUUAAGUCUACCAAAGAGGACUCACCUUUGAAGGCUACAGAUUUUGGUUUGUCAGACUUCAUAAAACCAGGGAAGAAGUUUCAAGAUAUAGUUGGCAGUGCCUACUAUGUUGCUCCAGAAGUACUGAGACGGAAGUCAGGACCUGAAUCAGAUGUCUGGAGUAUUGGUGUGAUUACAUACAUUUUGCUCUGUGGGAGGCGACCUUUUUGGGACAAGACCGAGGAUGGUAUAUUUAAGGAGGUUUUAAGGAACAAGCCUGAUUUUCGUCGCAAACCAUGGCCAACUAUAAGCAAUAGUGCCAAAGAUUUUGUAAAGAAGUUACUGGUGAAGGAUCCUCGGGCAAGACUAACAGCUGCUCAGGCCCUAUCACAUCCGUGGGUUAGAGAAGGAGGAGAUGCAUCUGAGAUUCCUAUUGAUAUAUCUGUUUUGAAUAACAUGCGGCAAUUUGUGAAGUACAGUCGUUUGAAACAAUUUGCUCUAAGAGCAUUGGCAAGCACACUGGGUGAAGAGGAGCUAUCUGAUCUCCGGGAUCAAUUUGAUGCAAUUGAUGUAGACAAAAAUGGUUCUAUUAGUCUUGAAGAGAUGAGACAGGCCCUUGCGAAAGAUCUUCCCUGGAAGUUGAAGGAAUCACGUGUAUUAGAGAUUCUUCAAGCGAUUGACUGCAACACAGAUGGGCUUGUGGAUUUCACUGAAUUUGUUGCAGCUACACUACAUGUGCAUCAGCUGGAGGAACACAACUCUGAGAAGUGGCAUCAACGAUCACAGGCUGCUUUUGAGAAAUUUGACUUGGAUAGAGAUGGGUUUAUAACACCUGAGGAACUUAGAAUGCAUACGGGUUUAAAAGGUUCAAUUGAUCCACUUCUUGAGGAGGCAGAUAUCGACAAAGAUGGGAGAAUAAGCCUUUCAGAAUUCCGUAGGCUUUUAAGAACUGCAAGCAUUAGUUCACGUUAUGUGGCUAGUAGCUCAACUGGUCUUCAGAAUUCCACGGUGUUGUAAAUGAAACUUGCAAGUUUUAGAAUUGAGGGAAAGAAGAGAAUAUAGGGAUGGAGCUCCUUUUUCAGAUUUAAUUUAUUUCAAGAUUGUAAUCAAAAUUAAAGAGGCCUGCUCCGUGAUCUAAUUUUCUUUUAGGCUAUGCAAGGAACCCUAUUUAUUGAGACUCAAGUUUGAACGAUGGGAUUCAGUCUUUGGAUGUAUUCAGUAUGUCUGCAACGAAGACUCGUCUGGAUCAGAUGGUGCUACCAGUGUGUGUACACAUCUAUUUGGAGUGUUGGGGUUUUAUUGUUUGACCUACAAAUGUACUGCGAUUAUAAAAGAUGCAUCAAUGCAAAUAUGGUGCAUUAGAAUUCAUUCAUGUUUAUGCAUGUUUUUGAAAAAACAUGUUUACUGUAGCAACAUUUUGAAGUAUGUUAGUGAGUUUAAACUUGUAUCAAGAGCUUAGUAUUGUAAUGAGAAGAUUACACUAUGUGGUGGUUGAAGCCUGAAGGAAA